AUCACACGCCAAUCCGCAAGUUGACAAUUUGAAAAAAAUAUCAUUCCCAUGUCUGAGGUAUCUUCUUUAUCAAAUCACUGCUUAUAUAAGCACCAGAUGUUAUGAGCUGAAACUUCAACCUUCUCCUUACAUUCUUCAUCCAUGGCUGCUGCUAUUGCUCCUACUUCUUCAACUUCAUUGUGUCUCUUCUUUAUUACCAUCUUACACUUAUUCACAUCCAUGUGGGCGAAAUACGACACAUAUAUCGUUCACAUGGAUUUAUCUGCUAUGCCAAAAGAUUUCUCUGAUCACCAUAACUGGUACGCUUCAGCUCUAUCAUCCGUUCGCCAUUAUCCACAAAUAUCAACCACUGCUACCACCCAUUCUACGGACAUUAUCUAUACUUAUAGUAAUGUUAUGCAUGGAUUUAGUGCAAGUCUUUCUUUAUCUGAGCUAAAAUCAGUUGGAAACUUACCUGGUUUUGUUUCUUCGUAUCGAGAUUUACCUGUUCGAGUCGAUACAACUCGUGCUCCUCAGUUCUUGAAUUUAAAUUCCAACUAUGGUGCAUGGCCGACAUCAAAUUACGGCGAAGAUGUCAUAAUUGGUGUAGUUGAUACUGGAGUUUGGCCAGAGAGUAAAAGUUAUAGUGAUGAAGGACUGGGUGAAAUUCCGUCUAGAUGGAAAGGAGAAUGUAUGGAGGGAACUGAAUUCAACUCUUCUAUGUGCAAUAAGAAGCUCAUUGGAGCUAAAUUCUUCAACAAGGGUCUGAUUAGUAACAUGCCAAAUAUAACAAUCACAAUGAAUUCUACACGAGACAAUGAUGGUCACGGGACGCAUACUUCAUCCACCGCUGCAGGGAGUUUUGUGGAAGGUGUAUCGUACUUCGGAUAUGCCAACGGGACAGCAAAAGGAAUGGCACCAAUGGCCCGUGUCGCUAUGUACAAGGCACUGUGGGAGGAAGGUGCGUUCUCGUCUGAUAUUAUUGCUGCUAUUGAUCAAGCAAUUGCAGAUGGGGUGGAUGUUAUUUCCUUAUCCCUUGGCAUAGACGGAAUCCCUUUGUAUGAAGACCCUGUGGCUAUUGCCACCUUUGCAGCAAUGGAGAAAGGAAUUUUCGUUGCGACUUCUGCCGGCAAUGAAGGCCCUUGGUUUGGAACUUUGCACAACGGAAUACCAUGGGUACUUACGGUAAGUGCAGGUACCAUUGAUCGUGAAUUUAACGGAGUUGUAACUCUAAGUAACGGAGUAACGAUUUUCGGUUCAUCUCUUUACUCGUUAAAUUCAUCUUUGAGUAAAGCACCGUUAAUGUUCAUGAACACAUGCAACAGUACAAAAGAUUUGAAAGAAGUCGGAUACAAAAUCGUUGUUUGUGUGGACACAGAUGAUUCAGUUGGUGGGCAAGUUGAUAAUGUUAACAAUGGUAAUGUUGCUGGUGGUCUCUUCAUAUCCAACAGUACUCUCAUAGACUUCUUCUUAGAAAGUUCAUUUCCAGCAGUUUUCAUAAACCCAAAAGAUGGUCAAUCCAUCUUGAACUACAUGAAAAUGAAUUCAGAUCCAAGUGCCAGCUUACAAUUUCAAAAGACUCGUCUUGGUAGAAGAAGAAAUAAGCCUGCACCAAGAGUAGCCGAUUACAGUUCUAGAGGUCCAUCACAUAGUUGCCCUUUUGUCUUAAAACCCGAUAUCAUGGCUCCUGGAACUUUAGUUUUAGCAGCAUGGCCUAGAACUACUGUGGCACUGGAUACCGGUUCUCGUUUAUUAUACAACGACUACAACCUCUUAUCUGGAACAUCCAUGUCGUGCCCGCAGAUGGCAGGUAUUGGAGCGCUUCUUAAAGGUGUACAUCCUGAAUGGAGCGCAGCUGCUAUUCGAUCCGCCUUAAUGACCACAGCCGAUACCUUAGACAACAGUAACAGUUUUAUAAAAGAUAUCGGAGAUAGUUACCAACCUGCGUCACCUCUUGCAAUGGGGUCGGGUCAUGUUAACCCCAACAAAGCCAUGGAUCCUGGGCUAAUAUACGACACAAAUGCGGAAGAUUAUGUUAACCUUCUUUGCUCGAUGAAUUUUACUUCAAAACAGAUUCAAACCAUUACAAGGAGAUCUAGUAGCAGUUAUAAUUGUUCGAAGAACCCGUCUUUAGAUAUCAAUUACCCGUCUUUCAUUGCCUUCUUCAACGUUAAUGAUUCGUCUUCAGAUACUAAAAUCGUACAAGAGUUUAAGAGGACCGUGACGAAUGUCGGGAACGGAGCGUCCACUUAUACAGCCAAGUUGACACCCAUGGACGGAAUUCAAGUGACCGUGACUCCUGGAACACUGGUUUUCAAAGAAAAAUAUGAGAAACAAAGUUUUAAGGUUUCUCUGGAAGGGCCAAAAAUGAUGAAACAAGUUGUUGCCCAUUGUGCUCUUAGUUGGGUUGAAGUUGGAGGUAAAUAUGUCGUGAGAAGUCCAAUUGUUGCUACUAGACUUAGCUCGGUACCACUAGGCACUAGUUAGUAAACAUUGAUGUCCUGUUAACGAAUUGUGGGAGGGAAUAAUUGCAAAUGUACAAUGUAAUUUAAAGUUAAAGCUUAAAUUAACAGUUUGCUACGUUCAUGAAUUUCAAA